CUGUGCACUGGUUUUUAUGUUUUGCGGAUGUGGGAGUGGAAGUGAGUGAAGUGUGUGUGUGUGUGUGUGGUAGUGGAGGGGUUGCUGUUGAUGUGCAAAUGUGCAUCAUAUUGAGAGCUUGUGAAUAGGGAGGUGUGACGUAGAAAGAGAGCAGAACGCAGGUGCUUAUCUCGGGGCUGUCACAGACAUAGUGUGUCAUAUUCCUGGGGACUACCUUUCAAAAGCUACCGGCUCCAGCGCUAGAGCAUCAGCCGAGCAGGGACCACAGAAUCCGCAGCUAACUUUCAGCAUCAGUCAAAGCAUGAAUGUCACACACACAUCUUAGAACAGCUAAAGAAACGUGUGUGCAGUAACCAGCCGUGGGGACCUCGCAGAACAUCUUAAUCAUUACAGGCCAAACAGCCUAAGAUGGAGUCUGACAGUGAAGAGAAUCGCAGUGAAACAUGUGAUUUUCUGCCUGACUGCAUUGCUGAGGUGCCCAGCUUGCAUCUCGGAGCGGGUAAAAGGCGGGCGUCCACAGAAGGGGCCCGUGGGGCGCCAGUCAACAAGAGGAAAUCGCUCCUGAUGAAGCCCCGCCACUACAGUCCCAGUCCCUGCCCCAGCGAGGGGGACAGCGAGGAAGACCUGGCAAGCGCUCAGGACAAAGACGAGCCCAGGAACACUGACACUCCAGCAGAUGAGGACCUCAGCGGUGGUGAUGUUUUGGAAGACACUAUCUAUCACAACGCAAAGUCUCACCACUUGUUGUCAUGGUCAGAACGAAUGAGUGAAGGUUCGCCAGACCUUGCGGCUCGGAUAUCUGAACACCAGAAUGAGCAAGAGGAGGAGGAGGAACACAACCAGGACUUUGAAGACAAAAACCAGGAGGAGAUCAGAGCCAGUUAUCACCUGUCUCCAGACACAGAGGGAGAUGAAGAAGAAUGGAGCGCUCCUCCGUCCCUAACAAAGGUCAAUGGGAUCCAUCACAGCCCCAGUCCACCUGCAGAUGAUACUCUUAUGAAGAGACUCCGAAUUGGACAGCAGCUGCACAAAGAUGCCCUCUCUGCUUACAUGAACAGAAACAGUGCAGGAAUCUUGAUGGAGGAGUAUGGCUCUGCAAGAGAGUUCAGCGACAGUGAGGAGGAGCUCCAGACGCCCAGGAUGGAGGAGCGAGGAGGUGUUUGGGGCCCAGGUCUGUUGGCCAGACGUCUGGAGCUGGAUAGGGCCCGACUAAACCUCAGUCUUCUGGAGCAGGCCAUGGUGCUGCAGUCUGAACAUAGACAGGUCCUCCACAGUGCCUACAAAGACAUGGACCGCUUCCUCCUGGAGCAGAUGAACCAGGAACGGAGGCAGCAGAGGAUGCUGGAGAUAGACGCUCGGACCAUGUACCACAGCAGCAAAGAUUCCCCUCGGACAGAAAAGAAAGACAUCAAAUGUCCGACCCCGGGCUGUGAUGGGACGGGUCAUGUGACAGGCCUCUACCCUCAUCACCGGAGUCUAUCAGGAUGUCCCCACAAAGUCAGAGUGCCCCCAGAGAUCCUCGCCAUGCAUGAAAACGUCCUCAAGUGUCCGACACCUGGCUGUACAGGAAGAGGUCAUGUCAACAGUAACCGUAGCACGCAUAGAAGUAUUUUAUGAUGCUGGAUGGUUGCUGCAGAAAAGAUCUCCAAACCGCAGGAGGAUCCUGCAAAGUGCAGACAGAUGGCAGAGAGGAUCACGAGACCUUUAGGAAACAUGAAGAAGUUUGACUUCACGUACAGAUUUGCACAUCCUAUGGCAGCGUUGCCGCAUGGCAUGGCGACAUAGACAAAGUACACUAAAGGCCACUUUGCGUACGCCAGUUUUGACGCUCAGGUCUUUGGCAAGCAGGCUCAGAUGGCAUCCGACCAGUGUCACGAAUCUUCUCACUUUCCUGAUGGUGAGUCCGCUCAGUUCCCCUGUUUUCUGGGUCAUAUGAUCAUGGCCGGAGACAACAGCCCCAGUCGCCAUAAAGCCCAUAGCAACGCCCUCCAGUCCAACAUCGCAUCCGCAGCCAUCCUCAACCUCUCCACCCGUUGCCGAGACAACGGCGAGGCCCUGCCCCCCAGCCGGCCCCUGGCAUCAUCCACAAAGGAUUCGCUGAUAGAAGUAGACGAGAAUGGAACGCUGGAUUUAAGUAUGAAGAAAAGGAGAGAAAAGGCGAGGGACUCUCCUGUGACGCCGGCAUUAGGAGAUGCCCUUUUCACCCCACCUGAACCUUCUCUAGCCAAAGCAGUGGGUCUCCAGAUCUCCCCAGCCAUCUACCGCGUCCUCUACGAACAGGACGCCUGGGACACGCCGCUGAACUACAGCAAAACACCUGUGCAACAAGACAAAGAGUUGGAGCAGUUGGAUAAGGCAUCCCUCGAGGAUAAAAUGUACAACGGAGAUGCAAACAUGGCAAGUGCAAAAAACAAGAUGCUCAUAAGAGACAACAAGAAAGAGCUGAUGAGCUGUCCAACGCCAGGUUGUGAUGGUAGUGGUCAUGUGACAGGAAAUUAUGCGUCACAUAGAAGUGUAUCCGGUUGCCCAUUGGCCGAUAAGACCCUGAAAUCACUAAUGGCUGCUAAUUCUCAAGAGCUCAAGUGCCCAACUCCUGGCUGUGACGGCUCAGGUCAUGUGACAGGAAACUAUGCAUCUCAUAGGAGUCUGUCAGGGUGCCCUCGUGCCAGGAAAGGAAGCUUGAAGCUCACGCCAAGCAAAGAGGACAAAGAAGAGCCAGAGAUGAAGUGCCCAGUGGCAGGUUGUGACAGUCAGGGCCACGUGUCGGGUAAAUACACGUCUCAUCGCAGCGCAGGAAGUUGCCCCAUCGCCACCAAACGGCAGAAGGAGAGCUUGGUGAACGGCUCGGCCUUCUCCUGGAAGCUCUGUAAACAGGAGCUUCCGCAGUGCCCUCUGCCCGGCUGCAACGGCUUGGGUCACGCCAACAACGUCUUUGUCACACACAGGAGUUUAUCAGGAUGUCCACUAAACGCCCAGAGUAUCAAGAAGAAACUCUCCGAUGAAGAGAUGAUGACCAUCAAACUCAAAACCAGCAGCGGUAUUGAAAACAAUGAAGACAUGCAGCACUUGGAUCACGAAAUAAAGGAGCUAAAUGAAUCCAAUCUGAAGAUAGAAGCAGAUAUGAUGCAGCUCCAGACUCAGAUUUCAUCCAUGGAGUGCAACCUGAAGACUAUUGAAGAGGAGAAUAAAAUAAUCGAGCAGCACAACGACGGUCUGUUGAAGGAGUUAGCACAUCUCAGUCAAGCACUUAUCAGCAGUCUCACAGAUAUCCAGCUGCCGCAAAUGGGUCCGAUAAAUGAACAGAACUUCGAAGCAUAUGUGAACACGUUGAUGGAUAUGUACAACAAUUCAGAGCACGAGUAUUCACCCGAAUGCAAAGCCUUACUGGACAGCAUCAGACAGGCCAUCAAGGGCAUUCACUUAUAAGGCCAAACUCUCGUUCACAAGCGUUUGAUUGUCCGCAGAGGGCUGGCUUUGUCAUCCGUGCAAGAUAUGUCUCGAUUAAAAAAAAAAAAAAGGAACUCCAUUCCAU